GGGGGGGGUGGGUGGCAGCGAAGCAGUUGCUUGGUGAGUGUGAGGCGACCCUGGGCGUGUGGGCAGACACCAUGGGCAAGGAGCAAGAGCUGCUGGAGGCGGCCAGGACCGGCAAUGUAGUCGUGGUGGAGAAGCUGCUAAGCGGCAGGCAUCGGUUGUCGGCGGGCAGCGGUGGAACGGUGUCCCUGCCUCAGCUUUCAAGCCUUCUCAGCAUUUGGAGAGGACCAAAUGUCAACUGUGUGGACAGCUCAGGAUACACCCCGUUGCACCAUGCUGCUCUUAAUGGACAAAAGGAAGUUGUUGAAAUGUUAUUGAAGAAUGAAGCUUCCACUAACAUUGCCGAUAACAAGGGAUGUUAUCCACUUCACCUCGCUGCUUGGAAGGGAGAUUCACAUAUAGUCAGGCUUCUUAUUCAUCAAGGACCGUCCCAUGCAAAAGUCAACGAACAGAAUGCUAUUGAGAGCAAAGACCUCAAAAAGUAUGGCCCUUUUGACCCUUAUAUCAAUGCCAAGAACAAUGACAAUGAGACGGCCUUGCACUGUGCAGCACAGUAUGGUCACUCAGAUGUUGUAAAAGUUCUUCUUGAGGAGCUCACAGAUCCUACAAUGAGAAACAACAAAUUUGAAACCCCAUUGGACCUGGCUGCAUUGUAUGGGAGGCUGGAGGUGGUGAAAAUGCUACUAAAUGCCCACCCAAACCUACUGAGCUGUAACACCAAGAAACACACACCUCUUCAUUUGGCAGCAAGAAAUGGGCAAAAAGCAGUAGUGGAAGUCCUUAUGGAAGCAGGAAUGGACAUUAACUAUCAGACAGAGAAGGGUAGUGCACUUCAUGAGGCUGCCUUGUUUGGGAAAACUGAUGUGGUCCAGAUACUCUUAGCAUCUGAGAUUGAUGUUAAUAUUAAAGAUAUCCAAGGGAGAUCUGCAUUAGAAAUCGUGCGGGAACAUCCAGCUCAGAAAAGCAAGGAGAUAGCAACUCUUAUUCAAGAUCAUAUGGCAGGGAAGGAGAUCUUGAUUACAGAAAAUACAAUUGCAGGAUCAUCUUCCAUUUCUGAGCCAGUGAAUCAAAAAUCUAAGGGUGAGGAACAAAGGGAAUUGACUAAGCUUAUUACUGAAUUUGAAAGCCAGCCAGAUGAAGAAUGUCCUUAUGAGGCCUUGUGCAAUGCAACAUCUCACACUAUAGAAAGUUUGAAAACAUCUGACAAAGAAACAAGUUCAAGCCAGGAAUUAAUCAAGGUUUCCAAUGUGAAGGAGACUCCAGAAAAGUUUGAGGAGGAUGAGAAUCCCUAUGAACUUCUCCUGACUGCGGAAACAAAGAAGCUAACCAAUUUGGAUGUAUACCAACAAACAGCAGAAAGUACAGAUGAGAAGGCUGGUUCUGCUUUGACAUCCUCUGAAUUGGCAACCAAACCUGGUCGGAACCUCAUCUCACCUCAGGUUACAACUUUGCUUGCACCUAAUACCAAUUAUUCAGUCAGGAAUCAAGAGACCAACCUGAUAUCUAACAGUAAACCAAACCUUGCACUCAACCUUAAGUUGCCAUCUAUUAUGGUUACCCCAGAUCACAUGAAUAGUGAGGUUGAAUCUCAGGACGUCAACAUUCCUGAGCAGUUUUCGGGACUUCUACAUGGGUCACCUCCAAUCUCUGAGAUUCAGAACGAUCCAGUCACACUGCUAGCUGCUUUGAGCAAAGGGGGAGUGGAAGCUGAAGCGAUGCAAAGCAGAGUGUUGCCAGAGAGGCAACACUGUGCAACAGGGCAGGCCGAGAACACUGGCACAAAGAACUCUGCUGCAGCAGAUACUCCUGAGCAAAAAGGGCAGCAGGUUUUCCAUAAUACAAUCCUCCCCAUCAACAGCAACCAGGCGGAUCCCUCAAACUCCAAGUCUGUUAAACGUAAAAACAUUCCAUUCAGCAAGGGAUUAGAAAGACGGACAUGUACUUUGGAAAGGGUACGGCCAAGUGAAAAGGGUAAGGCUGACCUGAAAUUCGCAAGAAGUUUGUCAAAAUCUGAUUCGGAGCUCAUUGUACGUUCUCCAUCUGAGGAGGAUAUGCUGGGAAGUCGUAGUGAGUCUCUUUCGAACUGCAGUUCAGUGAAGAAGCGGUUAGAAAAAUCGCCAUCCUUUCAGUCGGAAUGGGAGGAGCAGAAACAACAACUUCCAAUAUCUAAACCUCGCAGAACUAAGUCAGUGUGCAGUAUUGAAAAAAUAAUGAGUUCCAUUGGUGCAGGGAUUGACAGCGACUUCAGAAAAGAAUGGCAGAAUGCUUCAGGUUCACGGAUAUUGGAGCAGAGCGUCGGGCAAUGGCUCGAGUCGAUUGGGAUGCAACAGUAUGAAAGUAAGCUGGUGCUGAAUGGGUUCGAUGAUGUGCGCUUCAUGGGGGCUAACAUAAUGGAAGAACAGGACUUGCGCGAGCUUGGAAUUCAUGAAGCAGGUCAUCGGCGAAAAAUUCUUCAAGCUGCACGUUCCCUUCCAAAGAUUAAACCAUUUGGUUUUGAUGGAAACAGCAAUACUUCAAUCGUAGCAUGGUUAGAAUCACUUGGACUGCAGGAUUACAGUCAGACAUUUCUGUCCAGUGGGUACAAUUCAAUGGAUUGUGUGAAAAACCUCUGGGAACUGGAAAUUGUAAAUGUGCUGAAAAUAGCCUUACUCGGUCAUCGAAAACGAAUCUUAGCAUCUCUUGGAGACCGGCCCUACGAAGAACCACCUCAGAAACCACCACGAUUGUCCCAACUGAAGGAUGACCGGCGUGAGUCGAGAUUAACACUUCGGCCACCAAGUUUAGCAACACCAUAUGCUCCUGUUCAAAACUGGCAGCACCAACCAGAGAAACUUAUCUUUGAAUCUUGUGGCUAUGAAGCUAAUUAUUUGGGUUCCAUGCUGAUUAAAGAACUAAGGGGGACUGAAUCGACACAAGAUGCCUGUGCGAAGAUGAGGAAAUCCACUGAACAAAUGAAAAAGAUCCCAACUAUUUUCCUCUCCAUCACAUACAAAGGUGUAAAAUUCAUUGAUGCCUUCAACAAGAAUAUUAUCGCUGAGCAUGAAAUCCGCAAUAUUUCCUGCGCUGCCCAGGACCCUGAAGACCUUUGUACAUUUGCUUACAUCACUAAAGACCUACAGACAAAUCACCACUAUUGUCACGUUUUCAGCACACUUGAUGUAAAUUUAACAUAUGAAAUCAUCCUUACACUAGGACAGGCGUUUGAAGUGGCCUAUCAACUUGCAUUGCAAGCCCAGAAACCCCCUCAGAAGUCUUUUUUCACAGCCGAAACAGAGUCAGAGGAGAUAAGAUCUUCUAAACCAGUCCCCAAACCACGAUCCAGCAUGAGAAAAUCUACUGUGCAGCCACCUAAUAGCAGAUGCUGUUACUGUCACACGUGCACUACUCACAGGCCUUCGCAUCCGCCUCUACCGCUUCAUUCGUUCAGCCAAGGAGUCCAGAUUGACUCUAUUGAGCAAGAUUCUCAAUCGCACGGCAGUGUGGCAUGGAUAGCUGACUCCAAGCAGGAUUCCAAGAGGACAAUCAGUACAAACUGAAACUCUGGGGUGAGUGUGUGUUUACUGGAAAUGUGGCAAUGGGUGUCCCAGGUCAACAUGAGGGAGUAUUAAACCAUCUGAGCAACAGCAUCCCAUACCAGGGAGACCAUGGAACUGAAGUUCACUUGUGUAGCAGUGGUUUCCACUUUCUUUAAAACAGAUCAACAGAAGAAAAGCAUUUCUAGGACUUCUCCCUCAACAAAUGCUUGGAUACCAUCAAGAAAUUUAGCUAUUUAAUCAAAGAGGAAAUAUUAUGAACAGCACUAAUUUACCCUUUGUGGGAACGAUGAAGCAGAACAAUCAUCUUUAAUCGGGUUGAUGGUGCUUCAUUUUAUGCAACAGCGAGCAAUGGUGUGCACUGUCCCCAAAGUUUUAGUACAUAAACUGUGAGGAAAAGGAUUUUAAUUUUAUUUUUAUGUUGAACGUAUUUACAUUAAAUGAUAGGUUUUUCACUUGUGCAUUGUUUCCUUCAACCCUUUCCCAAAAAAAACCUAAUUACGAUCAUUGGAUUCCACAGUUCUAACCAAAAGCUAAUGUACAAUGGUUUUAGUGUAAUUUUAAGCUGCAGUGUUUACCUCUUUUCUGAAAAUGAUAAUUGAUCAUUUUAGUCUGCAAACAUCUCAACUAUUUUUUUGAGUUCAAAUUAAUUUUAACCUGCCAGCAUCAUUGCUAUCACCUUCACAUGGAAGAAGCUGUGGGAUCAGAAUCUUAAGUGUCUGGAAGCAUUGUGUAUUUUGCUUCAGUAGCAUUGUUGCAUUUCAAAUUAUGAACCUGCAUUUGAGCAAAGCCGAAUGACACCAGAAGAUACUUAGUUAAGCUAUGAACUACUGAAAGGAUUUCAAGUAUGCUUCCGUUCCACAACAGGGUGGUGUUCUUAUCAGCCUGUACAAGAUGAAUUUACAAAUGUGAAGAAAACUCAUUCUCUUAUCUGGGUCUUGGAGUUAAAGUUCAAGGUAGUUUUAAGAUGUUCCGGGGAUCAUAAGAUUUUAAAGGGUACUUUGGGAUUGAGAGUCUUUAUGGUAUAUGAAAGUGUCAGAUUCUGUUUCAUUUUACAGGACUGCAGUAACAGGAGGGCAAAACAUCUUAAUAAAGCAUGUGAGAGGAAUUAAAUAUUGCCACUUUUGUGUUGGAAUCAUAAUAUGGCACAAGGGAAUGAAAUUCUAUCUAUUUAUAGUUUCAUUAUGUGAUUUUUAAGGUUAUUAAACUGACUCACCCCUUUUGUUCGUAGCCAUUGUGUACAAAUGUAAACAUUUAAAUAAUCGUUAGUCCCACUUCCCCGAGCCACUCCUUCGACUGGCACAAAUUUGUAUUUGUGUUGAACUCGAAUGAAUUCUGUAUGGUUUAAACCUAUGUCUGCUUUUGCAACCGUAUCAAUUUUUUUAACAAUCCUUAGUUUCCUUUCGGAGACAUUUGCCACUAUGCAAUCUCCUAUAGCCAAGAGAACAGAAUCACAUGGAGAAUGGCACCCUUCAUGGCCAUGGUCAGUAUAGCUAAAUGAUUUCCUGAUUCAAAAUUAAUUUUCUAAAGAGGCAGCUAUCAGCCAAAUGCCUCAAUAGUGAAAUGUCCCAUCAUGCAGUAUGCACCAUAUUAGCCCAGUCAAGAAACAAUAUCAUUUGCACCCAAGCAGCUUGAGUGACUGGCAAUCCUGAGCUGAAUCAGCAGGCAAUGCUGGUGUCAUUUUUACUGCUAGGAUGUUUCAACUUAUGUUGGGAUUCUUUGAGAAAACAACAGAAUCAUUGGACAAUUAUUCCAUUUAGCAAAUAAAUAAUUACCAAUUCAUACUGAGCAGGAUAUAAUGCCAUGAAAUGGCUUUUGAAUCAAAAGAGUGGCCCAGUGAAGAGGUAUUUUUUAAGUAUUCAAAUUAUGUACAAAUAACUAAGCAGCAAUAUUUUUAACCUAACUUGCCUGCUUAAAUAAUUUGAGGGGAUUUGAUUAUUGAUGAAUAGCUAACCUAUUUUGUAGAGAUUUUUAGUAGAUAUUCUUCAUGAUGUCUGAUUUUAUUUUAAUUAACAGUAAUAAUCUCAGUAAAAGUGCACUAAUGGGCAGGGGGAGUAGCUGCUUCACCUAAUUUGAGUCACAAUCUGAUUACUAUUUUACUGUUGUAAAAUUAAGUUUCACAAAAAUAUUUGUACUCUGGGUCAGGGGCUGUGAAUGCUGUGUAGACACUAAGCAGGGCUUACUGGUGUAUAUCUUGUUCUAAAUUUUAGACAUUUCUGAUGGUUAGCAUUGGAUUUAAUAUCUAUUGAUGGGUGUUUAUUAAUUUACCAGUUCUGUAUUGCAGUACUUGAAAGGCAUAUUUCUAUGUGUAUAAAGCUGUAGAGUCAUGAUCAAGUAAUGAAACUGGACAUAUCAUGGUACCAAACACUAGGAUUGUUGUGCAAAAACUAGACUGACCUCAUAAUGAUACAAGUUUGUAAAUAUACUUGGGCUUCCAGUCUGUUUUUGUUACUUUUUACCAUUGUUUGUACAAUUGGAAAUCAAUGAAUAAACAGAACAUGAGAAAA